GCUCUUAAUAUCUGUCGUCGAUCUCGGUGUUGCUCCAUAAAUAUUGUCAAUGUACUAGGUACCAGUUGGUACUAAGCUUAGUGUCCAUAAUGGGCGGAGUAGAAAAAGAAGUCAAAAUCACGGAGUGCAACGACGGAUCUGGGCACGGAGGAAGAUCGACUGAAUGACCUAACCAUGGGACCGAGAAAUACCGAGUAGUUCAGGGUUGCUGAACUGACAUAUUCCACAAAGGCGUCACUAAUCACAACCUCAGGUACCUAGACAAUCGUCGAUGAUUGGGAGCGCUGCCCCUGCAACGUGUCUUCAUAGGUCCUAAUACUGCACUUUAACCUGUCAAAGAGAUCUUUAUCCUGACAUGUCAGUUAAUCGGCAUUCCCCGAUGCCUGGCUUCACGCCCCUCGGGCUCGGGACCCCAACAUCCUUUUCUUCCUCAGAGUCACCACAAAGUGUUUCGGAUUCCACUUUGUCGCUUCCCGACGUCAUUCAAUUGCCUAUCCCAGGAGUCGCAGACCUCAUUCCAAAGACGAAUCGGACGUCGCAUGCCAAGCGGCAGCCUGCAGGACACAUCCCUCGACCACGUAACGCAUUCAUUCUCUUCCGUUGCGACUUUGUCCAGCAAAAGAAAAUUCCUGGUCAUGUAGAAAGUGACCAUCGAAACCUAUCGCGCAUCGCAGGCAAAAUCUGGAGAGGCAUGAAGAAAGAGCAACAGAAACCGUGGAUCGACCUUGCCUUGAAAGAGAAAGAGCGCCACGCGAAGAUGUACCCUGGGUACAAAUAUAUGCCUGCGCAGCAAACUUCAAAGCAAAAGAAGGUCAAGAGCGACCGCGUUGCUAAAGAAGAGAGAGAGCUGGAAUCCCGCAGGGCGGAGUUAUCGUCCGUCUUGGUACAGCGCGGACAUGACGUGAGCAGUAGCUCUAACCAAACUGCGCAGACUGCUCCUCGGUUUACUCCUUAUGCCGCUCCCUCGCGCCCACGACGCUCGUCUUCGUGUCCCCCUGUUGGUGCGGAACCAGUGUACCCGUCCACAGACCUUGAAUCUUGGGCCCCGUUCUUGGUCACUCAUGACGAUUUAGCUCGCCGUCCGAGCCGCACCACCAUGUAUCACUCCGUUACCUCGGAGCCAAUUGCUUCACCCAUUCCAGCGUGCGACCUUCCAAAUCUUCAGCCUGGUGGAGAUCCUUGGUUUGGUGCUCCAAUUCCAUAUGCAUGGCCUCUUCCAGACCAAGAGGACGACCCUUUGUUCGAGACACAGCUUGACUCUCCCUUCGGGCAACAGGACGCCGAACUUUAUUCUCAACAUCCCGAGUUCAUAUAUUCCCCAUUUGAGAACCUUCCACAGAUGUCCUCUAUGAACAUGGACAGGGGAGGGGCGCUUGGGUUGGACUUUACGAAUCCCUUCGAUCUUGACGGUUUCCCAUUUAAUGCGGAUAGUUUCCUGCCAUCGUCUUCUGACAUGUCUUCAAUACUUUCUCCUCUGGGAUAUCCUAUGUCGAGCAACCCGAGCACUAUGGAGGGUACGAGAUAGAGUGGCGGGGCGUCCUUCUUACCCAGUCGGAACCCAAUGGUGUCGGUCAAUUCAAGGCGGGCAGGGUCCCGCUUGUUCAUCCAACGAUACAUUUCGACAAGAACGAACUUGCAGAUAUCUUCCUUAUGAUACCCAUGCCUGUUCUUCGUGACUUCUAAGAUCAUAUGGUAGCCAUGCAUUGGUAAUUGAUAUAGAAACAACCUACCAAAGUACGAAAAUAUUUAUAAUCUUUUCCUGGAGAAUAUGCAGCUUUUAGAAUAGUCUCUGUUACAUAAAGCAUCACUAGGACUCUCAAUAAGACUCGCUCUAAUUAU